AUGCGUUUAAAAAGAUUUCUUUUACGAUAUUAUCCACCUGGUAAGUAUAGUAAGCUUUGAAACAUAUUAAACUUAGUAGUUGUUGCCUUGUUUUUGCUUUGUGAGGGUUUUGUACACACGAUAACACUUUUGUGUCAAAACAUUCAAUGUUGUCUGAUUGACCCAUAAAUAAUAUUUUUAUACAUUCAUUUAUGCCAAAUAUCACAUGAAAUAAAUUAAUAUUCCGGCGAUUCUGGCUAAACUAAAGCUUCCAAAUGAUUAAAUACUGGAUUAAUUUUAUCAAUAUAUACCUUGGCUAUUUUGUUUGUAAAAUGAUCACAUGUUGUGUGACCAAUACCAGCUUGUGAUGUUUAUAGAAUGCGAUAUAUAUUUAUUUAGUAGUUCACACUUGGCAACUGUUAGUGAUUCAGGUUUCUGACAUAACUCCUAUUCACAUUUAUACAGAAUUUGUUUGAAUAUACACAAAUAUUCUGUGAGUUGACAUUCUUCCCAUAUUAUUUGAAUGUGGAAUAUUGCAUAUAAUGAAAUAGAACUUUUUAAAAACAGUCCAAAUGUGACAGUCCAUCCCCAUGUGUUGUUUCCAUGGUAAAUGGUUCAGGUUAUUUUUGCAUAUUUAGUAAUAACUUGGGAUUCAUAUUACACAAGGUUUUCAAAUAUUGAGAGGCUUUUGAUUUCACGUCAAGAUUUUGUUUGGUGUCUCACUCGAUUCAAUAAUAGUUGAAGGGUCUUGUGAAAAUGAAAAUUAAUAUUAAUUAAUUAUUAUUUUUUAAUGUUCAUGGAAAUUAUCAAGUGGAAAUUUUAUAUUCAUUGAUUAGAUCUAACCAGGAGCAGUUGCGAAAAAUGCAACUAUACGUUCUCUGGCAGGAAUUGAACCUGCUGCCCUGCGGUUAAUUCUCUAACCAACUGUGCUACGGUACAGCUACUGUUAGUUGAUGAUGUCAUCAGAUGACAUUAGCCACUUUUUUUCAAAUAUCAAUAAUGCUUUCUGAAAUCGACUUGCUUGAUAAAUCAAAGUGUAUAAACACACGGUAGUGUAGUGUACCUUACAUGAACAUGCUUACAUGAACACACUUACAUGAAGUAAUUGAACAUGCUUACAGGUAGCUUAAAGCAUUAUUUACUGCUUGUGCUUAACGGGAGGCUGGGAGUCAAAAUGAAAUAAAAAAAUGUCUGACCAAAUUCCAAAAUGUCCAAACAAAUUUCAUUUUGGUCAGAUGUUUUUCAGAUAUUUUUUCUUUACUUGUCAAGGGAAGAGUACUGGUCCGUGGAGCCUCAAUGGAUUAAAACAAAGAUGAUGUAUAAUUAUCUUUCCCUAACCUCAUUCUUCUCCCUAAUUACUUGUAGAAAAAUGCUGGACCUGAAUUCUUAAGGCCAUGUUACACAAGGCAAUUUUUGAUGCAACUUGCAAUGCAAUUUUUGACAUAGAACCAUGUUAUCUAAAAAGUAUUGCAGUUAUUUGGCAGAGAAAUUGUGAGCAUGGCCCACAGUUAACUCUGCCAAGUGAACAUAUUUUAUCCUGCUUCUUUCAUCCUUCAUCCCUUAAGACAGAGUAUGAUAUGUAAAUAAAAUGUUGGCAGAGUAGAAUGCAGGCUAUAUGCUUACAUUUCUCUCUGACUACUUUAUAUUAAAUAACAUCUGUGUGACUAACAUCUGACAUUGCUUUGCAAGUUACAGCAAAACCUACCUCAUGUAACAUUGCCUUUAGAGUUCUUUAUACACUUCUAACUCAUAAUGCCCAACUACUAACUUCCUGUUGAAGGAUCUUUGCUUGAAAUGUCGAUUUUCGCUUAGUUUGUAUUUUGCUUUGCAUCCCUAGCAACGAAAGCUUGUUAUUAUCAGCACUACCUACACUGGCACAGACCGUUGAACAUUAAUUCCCAACACAAUAAUCUGGCAUUAAACUGUAGAAACAGGAUGCUUUGCAAAACAUUGGUUAACCUAAUGUUAUUAAACUGGUUAACCCAUUAUUAACCCAACACCUUCCCCAUUGAUAUAUUCAAUUGUCUGGUUUUGACAGCGUAAAAUAACAAACAGGCUUUUAGGGGGUUUUACAGGCUUUUAGGGGGUUUUACAGGCUUUUAGGGGGUUUUACAGGCCUUUAGGGGGUUUUACAGGCUUUUAGGGGGUUUUACAGGCUUUUAGGGGGUUUUACAGGCUUUUAGGGGCUUUGGUGGCGCAAUCGUCAGAGCAAGUGUCUUUCACCUCAGAGAUUGUGGGUUUGAUCGUCACAUCGGACUAAUUAUACUUAUGUGAAAAGAGUUAGAUUAGUCAACCCUCUACCGAAAGUCGAAUGAGACGUUAGUGAUUCUUUCGCAUUUGAAAGUUUGCAACAGCAGCACGUGCUCAAGUGAAGCCAGAAAAAGUGGAAAAGCUGGUGUUCCUAGCAGAGAACUUGUAACUGUAAGCCAAGAUACUCAUGUAAAUACGCUAUUUGUAAAUUUUGAUCUUGUAAAUAUUAUGAUGCGUGUAUGUAAUAUGUCUUAAAAUAUAAUCUAUUAAAUAAAUACUGAUAAUAACAACUGUUUUUGAAACUAAAGCCUUGCACAUGUAGUAUUUUAACUGUAGUAAAUUAAUACAUUUGCAAAUACGUUUACUGAUAAAAAUCGGUUCACUCGGUUUUUUCUCGACGGUUUUCGGUUUUUAUCCCGAACCACAUCACCCUAGUUACAACUUACUUACUUACAUUUUUCAGGUAUAAUUUUGGAAUAUGAACAGUCAAAGACUGUAAAAACAAAAUCAAUUGAUUUACUACAUCUUAAACCAAGGUAAGAGCAGUACAUGAUUAUUUUCAGUCUGGUUACAUUGUAAUGGCCAGAACUUUAUAUUUACCAAAUCCAUGGUCCAAAAUUGGUUUUGUUAUGCAUGUUUUGACACGAGGGAAUUUAGAGCUAUUUAGGUAUACGACUACUGUACAUUCAAAAGCUUAUUAAUUUAUUACCAAUACACAAUUACUCACGGAUGUUGCCAUUCCCACAAUGUCAAUUUCACAGCCAUUACUGCGGAUUCAGGUCACAGAGUAGAUAAGACAUACAGAGACGUAACUGACCGUUGUAAACACUGCGGAAGAUUGCGUUAUCAUGUACCCACUUUUUUUCAGGCAACCGGGCGAAAAAUGAUCAACUGCGCGUGCUCAGCAAGUUUAAAGUGAGUCGUCAUCAGGUCGUCAUCCAAUCAGAUACAUGCAUCUAGUAACUUGCCGAGCAUGCGCACAAAAAAUGUGGGUAUACUAGUUACGUCUCUAUAUGUCUCUACUCUGUGUUCAGGUAGACCGUUAAACGCGAAAAGUUGUCGCGUUAGUUUUAACAGUUGUACGAUGACGUUUCUAGGCAGAUUUUCAGACGUUUCUAAGGCGUGACUUCAACGUUUAUUUUCAAAAUUUAACCGUUGCAAUUACAACGUUUACAUUUUGAAAAUAAACAUUGAAGCCACGCCUUAGGUGCUGAUUACAUGGUGCCGAGCUGGCCCGGUUAACCGGGCUGACUCGUUUGUUUAGGACCUUACUGUGGUUUUAAAACUCGCGUAAAAUAAAUUUGCGAUAAAUAAUUGGUUUUGUAUAGAUGCAAAAUCAUCCUAAACCCGAUUUAAAACUCAUUUUGCGGCCCAAGUAAGAUUUUCGUGACAUUUUUCAGCCCGAUUAACCGGGCUGGCCCGGUCCAUGUAAUCAGCCCCUUAGAAACGUCCGAAAAUCUGCCUAGAAACGUCAUCGUACAACCGUUAAAACUAACGCGACAACUAUUUGCAUUUAACGGUCUACCUGAAUCCGCAGUAAAUGACUUGAAAAAGUUGACAUGAGAAUGUGAAAUUAAUGAAGUUGUUUGUGCGAGUGGAUGAAUAAAUGGGUCAACUGAAAUUUGCUGUAUUGUCAUAUUUCUACUAUUAAUAAAUGUUUUAAAAUAAUUUCAUUGUUGCAGUUCGGAUGUAGAGGCGUUACUGGACGAGAUUGUUGCAAAGGAACCGUUAAUAACUCCUUCAAAAGUUGAACAAGUUCGAAAACUUAUCAUACGUAUCCUUUUCCUUCAAAAUUUUGCUUAUUAGCCACUGACAGAUAUUAUUUUAAUAUAUUACUGCAUUUUGUUCUCUGCAUUCAAUACACCCUUCCGGAAAGUAUGCCACUUUGGCUAUAGACAGGCACGCUGAGAUGGGAGCAUUUUGCCCCAGCCCCCUAGCUCAAAAAGGCCCUCCCAAAGCAAGUAAGCAACGAAGGCCCUUCAAAUUUCUCGAUACAAGAUUGCUUAACUGAGAAUCUAAAUCCUAGCUACGGAUACUAUGUAUUAAAGUAUUGUAAAACACCGCUUCUCCCGUUUUACAAUCAUGAUGCCCCAGGCCCCGUGCAACCUCUCGACGGCCCUGGCUGUAGAGCCUCGUUUUCGUGUUAUGUGACAUUAAUUAAGGCCUGAUGUCGCAAUCACGAAAACGAGGCUCUACUGUAUAGCCAAGGUGACGUAUACUUUCCGGAAUGGUGUAUUGUGUCUCAUUGUUCGUUGAAUGUCUUUCAUUUUCCAAAAGUACUUAAAAUUUCAAAAAUUGACAUACAGUAUAAAUAUAUGAAAAUUCCUUGGCUUUAAUAAAUGUAAAAAACCUUGCAUUUCUACAGAAUAAAGAAGAGGUAUAUUCUCACUCACAUUUUCCUUUCCUGACACAUCUGAUCACAUCUGGGGGUGAAAGAAUACAGGGGCAUACAAUCGGUAAAUCGCCUCAGUUUCCGUUCAUGAUUCAUAUAUAGUGACAUACUUUUAAUUUAGUGCUAUCAGUUUUCGCACGGAAUUCCUGGCAGUUUGUCCUUAUAAUAUUAUAGUUUCGCCAUGAAUAGUCUGUAAUAUGUCAUUAAAGUUAAAGUUCAAAUUAGGGGAAGAACCCUGUAAUUGUCUUCUACCCUGCGGGAUUUGCUGAUCCUCAAACAAGAUGUAAUGAACGGACAAAGUUUAUAUUGUUUUACGCACUUUUGCGUUUAUAGGCGGUUCUUUUAAAACGUGAUCGGACGUUUGGCCGACAGACAUUUGGCCGACAGACACUAGACCGACAGACGUUUGACCGACAGGACCUUUCACCGACAGACAUUUAGCCGACAGGACGUUUGGCCGAUAAGACAUUUGGCCGACAGGAUAAUUCACCGACAAGAUUUUUUAUUUCAAGUUUAUUUUCUAAAAUAAUGCUCACGGGUAAUGAUGACUCAUUGGAUGAUACAAAUUAAUCAGACUAUUAGUGAAAUUAAGGACUCGUGCAGGACUCGUACUAUGCAGGACUCGUACUAUUAAGGACUCGUACUAUGAAAACAAAAGUAUCACUCAUUUGUUGGUCAAAAGGAUGACUCGUACUGUAGGUAUUGUUAUUUUGUUAUUGUGAUUUCCCUAUAUCUAAGAGGCUGGGGAAAACUUGUAAAUAUGCGUGAAAGUUACAAUAAAUGUUAUUUCAAAACAUUGACAAUUGUCCUGUCGGCCUAAUGUCUUGUCGGCUAAAUGUCUGUCGGUGAAAGGUCCAAAAGACGUUUUUUAAAAACUACACUUGAAAACAUGCUGUUCAAAAUUUUCUUUCCUUUAAUUUGCUUAAUCUUUUGAAGCUUGAGUAGAACCUUGUCCGGUCCAAAGACACUGUAAAUGUUUUGUUAAGCCCUGGCUCCCAGGUUCAAACUGCAACGGAAAGUCGAAGCAAAAGAUUUAACGCAGUGUUACACGUUUGAUUCGAUUUUGUUAAAAUAUAUAUUGGUUCUUCAUCGGCCUUCUCGGUUUUUCGGCGUUCUGGUUCGUCGGUUGAUCUGCCAUUAUUUACAAUUUUGGUAACAUUAGGUGUUUUUUUGUAAAAAAAAGUUUCUAAACAGCAGUAUUUGAGAACCUUGACACAAUGUAUGUAGGUCUUCAAGAAAAGCAAGUUGAAAUCAAUCAUCAUCAUUUUUAUUUAUUUAAGGUACGGUAAAAUCUAAGCACAUAUUGAGUCUGCACGCGUUGUUACAACGUGAAAGCUCCAAAAGAUGGUUAAAUAUUGCAGUAAAUAUAGACGUUUCAAGAAUUCAUCUAUCAUAUCAUCUUCCAUCCACGUUAUACAGAUUUGUUUGCAUAAUACACAAAUAUUUUGUUGCGGAUUUGCCUUCCAUCCACACGUAUACUGUAUCCGGCGAAUUUUUGAAAAUGCCGGAUAAGAUAUUUCUUGUGGACGGUCGUAAACUGUUUAGAAACGCCUUUACAUGCAUGUGGUUUCUAUGGAAAUGAGAAAAUCCACGAGGCCUCCGUAUGAAUGUAUACAGUACGAGACCUCGUAUCCAGAAUCACUCGUUUGGCACCAACACACAGAACAAUACCUUGCCUCGCAAUUUUCAAACAUGACUGUACAAUUUUCUAAUCAAUCAAUAAUUUGUCUAAAUAUAUUUUCAUAGGUUUUAAGGGCGCAUAUACUUCCUUUAACGAAUGUUGCAUUCAACAAGUCUGGCUCCAAGUAAGAGAUACGUUAUUUAAAAUACCGUCGAAUUAGUUGUGUUGGUUACAAUUCGUGAACAUAUGUUUUAUACUGUAACUCUUUUCCAAUUUUCGGGGAAUUGUAUUCGUAGCUAUAUAUAACUACACGCGGGCACCGAAUAUUCAGGAUCUUACUACAUUCGUGGAUGUUAAAGUUGUUUUAAUCUAUGGAUGUUCUAACAGGGGACGCUUUUCACAAAGAUGACGGCCAAACACGGGUUUCUUCGGAAAACAUAGCGACGUUAAAUUUCCUUUUGAUCUCCACUUUUCUCUCCGUAGGCAGCUGUCAGUCGUUCUUCCUCAUGUUUUUUACCUUUACUGUUUCCUUUUCCUUGUUAGAGGUGGACCAUUAGAUAUCCUGGGAUGGGGGAGGGCGGUGGUAAAUCUCCCCCCACCCCCCAAAAAAAUCAUCCAGAGCGUGGAAUUUGAAAAACAAUUCAUUCAAGCAUUUAGGGAAAGAAAAACAUCCUGCAAAUACACGGAAUAUACAGAAAUAUAUAGAAAAGAUAAUUGAUGCACAGCUUCUACUGUUCUAGGUUCGUCAAACUCCAAACUUAAAAAAAUCUUGGAAGGAAAAUUUCUCAAUGUCAAAUGGUCCGACCCUUACCGGCCAUCUUUUGUACUAAUCUUUCAACAUGGAGGUUCAGCGUUGACUAGGGUGUAGUUAUGAAAAACCACGACUGUUGAUGUCAGCCUGAACAGAUUAAAACAUAAAAUGUUUAAAAGGAAAACCCAUUAGUGGCCAUCUUUAGUACUAUACUUUAAACAUAGAAGUUCAACGUUGACUAGGAUGUAUUUAUAAAAAAACACACGACUGUUGAUGUAGCCUUGAACAGAUUAAAACAUUUUUCAGUAUCAUCAUUUCGUUAAACCUCGCCAGGCUGUUGAGAAUCCACAAUUAUGGUGUGCAAUGUAUUUUGUUUUAGUUUUAUAACUGGGAGUUAUGACAGAACGUGUAAAGUUUGGGAUACGUUAUCAGGAGAGGAACUUUUCACGCUCGAAGGACAUAGAAAUGUUGUAUAUGCCAUUGACUAUAAUAAUCCCUUUGGGUGAGUGUAUGUAUAUGAUAAUAGUUGUUAAUUUGGGAGGAGGAGGACAGGAUCGUGAAAGACAUUGAAAUGUUGUAUAUACCAUUCAGCUGGGAGGGGGAGGGGGCGGGAAUGGUUAUAUGCCAUUGGCUAUAAUUAUAAUCCCUUUGUGUAAGUCUAUAUAGACAGCUGUUUACUCGCAUUCCUGGUUACCACUUACCAGGUCUUACCACUUCCAUCGUAAUGUAAGCAUUAAAUGAUCAUUGUAAUGAGUAUCUAAAUUACAUGUGGUGGUAACAACACAUGUUACCUGAUUACGUUUUUAAAUUGUUAGAUCAUGAAGACACUUCAUCUUCCCACGUAAAUUUUGCCAUUAUAUUCUAUUGCACCAAGUCGAAUGAGCUGUGCCUUGAUGUGCAGACAACACCUGCAUGGUUGCAGUACAGACGUCUUUUUCUUACUAUCAUUUUCUCUACUAUUUUCUCUAUAUUAUAUAUUUAUCUUUCAGAGAUAAAAUUGCGACUGGAUCAUUUGAUAAAACGUGUAAAUUAUGGAGUGCAGAAACUGGAAAAUGUUUUCACACUUAUAGAGGGCAUACAGCCGAAAUUGUAAGUUAUAGAAAUAUAGAAAUAAGAUAAAUAAUACAGUCUUCGUAAUUCGCCUCGGCACUCGGCAAUUGCCGAAACGAAUGCCGAGGCAUAUACAUUACUUGAUGCGGCCAAGAAAUCGCAAUUACAAGAGCUGUAAUAUUUUAACAUAGGGCAAUUACGAGAGCUGUAAAUUUUAACAUACAAUAGGGCAAUUACGGGAGCUGUAAUAUUUUAACAUAGGGCAAUUACGAGAGCUGUAAUAUACUUUCAACAGCAGAAUUUAUGCAAGAUUGAUUACAUGACUGGAUGUUGUAUCUAGUAUGUUAUUUAUUAGUGCAAAGCAUGUGUUCGGAUUUGAGGUGCCCCAAACUAAAUUCCCACAUAUGUUUUUAGGUUUGUCUUCAGUUUAACCCACAGAGUACUUUAAUUGCAACGGGCAGUAUGGAUACCACAGCGAGAUUAUGGGAUGUUCAAACUGGCACAGAAGUUGCUACACUUACGGUAAAGUUGGACUACAGUUAUUAUUUCAAUGGCAAUGUUUACUUUCUGAAUGAUUGAAGGAAGCGCAUUCAUCCGUGGGAAUGCUCUAACAGAGGAAUGUGAAUUGCUUCAUUCCCAUCGUUCAACUUGGGAUGAGUGGCUGAGUUUUGUUUGAGUUAAGCAUAGGAUGAACUUGAGCAAAAAUAUUCACAAUGGCGGACUCUGAAACUUUCAACUGCACUCUCCUAACCACUCUUAUUUCAUCCUAUACUUGCUCAUACUUGUAUUUAAAUAAAAUGUGAGUAAUAUUAUUUUCUAAUCUAGAUGAAGAUCUUUCUAAAACUCAUUAGUGUUGGAACUAGAGGGGGCAGGGGGGCAACUUCCCCCGUUAAUUGCUGAAAGUUUUGAUUGGUUGCUGAAUAACUGUGUAACAAAGCUGUUAUAAUUUUCCAACCAUGAAAGCACUUGCAGGCUAUAAAUUAAGCAAACGUGCAUCAAAUGCAGGCCAAAAGGUUUUGCAAUUUCUGAUCUCAAUAGGAACUUUUGGAGCUGUAUUAGUUCAAUAUUUAUAACUGUACUGUUCGUUUAUGUUUCUAGGGUCACACAGCUGAGAUCAUCUCGUGUUGUUUUAAUGAAACCGGUGACAAACUGCUUACUGGAUCAUUUGACCACACUGUCAGUAUCUGGGAUGUAAAAAAUGGCAGGUGAACAACAGUUUAUAUCAAACCUGUGAUUAUCUUUUCCACAGACACAGUAUAUCUGGCGAUUCCUGCCACACCCGUUCUCUCAGUAACGGAUCGCCACCUCCCAUUUCUCAAAGGUUCUAAUCUGAAAACUCAAGGUCCAAUAAUUCAAGACUUUUACAGUACAGUGGAACCCCGCCUUACGGCCACACCGUUAAUACGGUCACCUCUUUAUUACAGCCACUUGUUUUUGUUCCCGAAAAACGCCAAGACAUUUUUCUUAUACUGUAGAUACUCCGUUAAUAUGGCCACUUCGUUAAUAUGGCAAAAAAAAUUUUCGGCCCGCGUACUUGGCCGUAUUAACGAGGUUUCCACUGUAGUUAUGCCUCACUGCUCUUCUAAUAAUUAUUGCCACAUACCUGAGCUUGGAAAGUUUGCUGAAGGUCAUAUGGCAUCAACGAAAUGCAGGCAGGCAGAUAGUGAGAGUACAGUACCUAUACGCGGUAAUUAAUUGACUGAAAACAAAGACCAGGCCAUAAUAUUGGCGGUCCUCGUGUACCUAAAUACGCGGAUUAUCGCACCUUGUAUCGCACAUUAAAACUACGCUUCAACCAUGAAGCCUUUAGCCUAGUAUACUUUUAUUAGUUGUUGGACGGCUGCGGCUCUCCGUUCGCACGAAACUGAACGAAUUUGUAAGGCUUUAGCUGUUCAGAGCAUAGAUAUCUUAUAUAAACUAGAUAGCGCAUCUCUUUUAGUAAAAUUGAAGCCAAGAAUAUUCCAGCGGUUACCCCCCAUUUGAAUAGAUGGCGGCCAUGUUGAAGUUUCCCACUCGCUAAUAAACGCUUAAAAAAACAACAAUAAUUUUCAUCAUUUGAAUAGUUUGAAAAUGUAUUUGGAAUAGGUUUAACUUAAUGUUUAAGUUCCCUGUUUAAGAAGUAGAAAACAUACGAGUCUUCUCAUUUCAUGGGAAUAUCCUGAGUCUGCAAUCACGGCUUCAAUCUUUGAAUUCCGGAAUAAUUAGAUGCACUAUCUAGUGUAUACAAGAUAUCUAUGGUUCAGAGGGAAUGUGUUGUCAUACUCGAUGUGAACGGUCGGAAUACAUGUUGGCAGCCAUAAUUUUGCAUUCCUUCCCAAUAUUUCUCAAAUUGUCCACACACUGAUCGUACUCAAUGUUGGAUAUUUAAAUUUUAUUACAUUUUGUAAAAUAGUAUUUGCUAUUUAGGGUUUAUUUUAGCAUUAAAUUUACCAAUCAUAAUUCCUUUGUAGGAGGAUACACACGUUAAUUGGACACCGAGGAGAGAUCUCAAAUGCGCAAUUUAAUUUUGACUGCUCGUUAGUCGUCACUGGAUCAAUGGUUAGAACUUUAAUUGUUUUUGUUUAUCGCCAUGCAAACAUUCAAAGAACUGGUUAGAACUUUAUUGAAUUCUUUAUUCCAUAUUUAUAUACCAAGUACUUUCUGGCUGAAGCUGAUAUAUCUGAUAUACUGUACUCUAUCCCUUUCCCUGUAGGACAAAACUUGUAAAAUUUGGGAUCUGGCAAGUGCAAAAUGCAUUGGAACAUUAAGGUACAGUAAAGUCAGUAACUGUUGAUUUCUUUCAAUACGUGUCCAAUUAACUCCCAUCCCGCGGUUGACGUAAUACGGAUGACGAUCGAUGACCAUGGCUUUGACAUGGUACGCUCUUUGGAAGGGUGCACCACACUGCAAGUACAUGUAUGUACUAUUUACAACAUGAGUGGCCGUGUUGUACAUCCGAUACAACACGGACAAGCAUGUGGUAAAUGGUUUGUGAGAACAUUCAUAUUCUUCAACAAUUUAAAAUAAAUGAAUGAUAUUUGGUGAGAAAAUUUAACUUUAACGAAAAUUUAACUCCUUCACCCUCAUGAUUUCUUUUGUGUUUUCUUCAUGAAUCAUUGCUGAGUCUCACGAGCUUUGAUCAAUGUUUGUAACAGUGAAUUUCAUACACAAUUUUAAGAAAAAUUCCUCGUGAGUAAUUGUGCUUACGAGUUUAUAGAAUAGUAAGGCUAUUAUUAUGGCUCAUUUCGUCAGCAAAUAUCAUGGUAUGCAACGCCCAGCUCUGACACUGUAAGCUUGUUCAGCAUAUUACAGACGACAUAUCGUAGAAUAUGUCUAAAUUUUUUCGCUAUGUGUUACAGAGGUCAUGAUGAUGAAGUACUUGAUGUAGCUUUUGACUAUACUGGAGAGCGUAUUGUAACUGCUUCAUCAGAUGGUACGUUACUUGUGUUAUUUUAUUUUUACAAAAAUGCCAGAGUUUUAUUCAUUAGACAGAUCAUGGCAUUUAUGCGCAAAAUCCUCAAAUAAAUCGUUUUCCUUCGGUAAGGAAUAUCGUCCAGAAUAGAGAGCUUAAACAAGCGACGUUUUUUGACAACACGGACAUCACACAUACAUCAUUUAGCCGUUAAAUAUGGCGUCAGCAAUUCUUUCUUGAAAAUCAAGAACGGCAGUCAAUAUAGCUUCACGUUUGUAAUUUCAAUAUCGCUAUCUAUAACGUCUCGAUUGAUUUCCGGUUGGCAUUCGUGAAUCAAAAUAACAUCUUAAAGAUGACACGUUCAUUAGAAAAUUAUUCGGUCCACAAGCAGCCAAUCACGAAACUUGUAGGAUGCGACCCUUUAAAUUUAAUGAAAGAAAGGGAAAAAUUAUUCGAAGGCAAAUCGAAUGAAGUUGACUUCUAAAACAUCAUACAAAUUCUUACUUCUUGCUCAGGAACUGCCAGAGUAUACAACGCAGUGACGCAGCACUGUAUAACAAAACUGGAGGGACACGAAGGAGAAAUAUCGAAGGUACAAUUACACUUUGUGGAUUUCAUUCUAUGCAUGGGAAAUUUCAAUAGCAGGCUGCAGGCUGAAGUUGUGAAGACAACAUCCCCAUGGAAUAUCCAGUAGCCAUGAAAUAAUAGCCAACCUGUAUAUGCAGGCAGAUGUAGUAGUCGUUUACUUGACUGCCUUAGUUUAGUGCUUUGCUAUAAAUGCAAUAUGUUUGCUUGUCGCUUCCUACUGACUAAAGAUCUUAGUUCACAUCGGAACUCCCUCCUUAGUCCUUGCAUAUUUCAGGCGGACGAUAACUACUGUAAUACUCAAGCUGUAAUACUAACACUUUGCUUUCAACUAAAUUUAGGCGUGUUUUAAUCCGCAAGGAACACGAAUUCUUACUGCAAGCAGUGAUAAAACAGCUCGGUUAUGGGACCCUACUACAGGGGAGUGCAUACAAGUAAGUAAUCAAAUCUCGUUCAGAUUUUAUCUUACUUUUCUUUUAUUAACACAUACAUGAUUCGUUAAUUUAUACCGAAAGGGAAAUGAGCCAGCAAGAGGUAUUUGUAGUUUUUAAAGACGUGUACAGUAUACUAAUAAACGCGUAGAAUUAAUAUUUUGUUCGCCUUUUGAACAAGCGAACCAACCCUUCUCAGAACCACGCUACUUGCUGUGUAUUUUGCUUCCCGUUGUAUAACAGCCAUCAUGUUACUUUAUUAGCUCCCACUUUACAUAUUACUUCUUUCCAGGUUCAUAUUUGAACUUUUAUCAUUUCUCCAGGUUUUGGAAGGCCACACAGAUGAAAUAUUUAGUUGCUCAUUUAACUACGAGGGCAAUAUAGUGAUUACAGGUUUGUAUUUCUGCAGAGUAAGGAUCAGUAAUCAGUAAGCUUUGUUAGUCGAGCAUAACACAAAGAGAACACUUGCAAUGUGGGCUUCACGUAGGACUACGAUUCCACUCAAAUGCACUAAAGUUUUCGCUAUAGAUGCGUAAUAUCCUCUCAACUCAACUUUUGUGUAUCUCUUGUCCUCGUUUGACUGGGUGUUAAAAGCCCAUCUACAAGAUAUAUAUUCAUAUACGAUUCUUAUCCUGGCGUACUGUUUUUACUCGAAUAAAUGCUUGUAAAUAUGGCACAUUUCAAAUUUCACCAUAAACUGAUUAACAGGAAUAGUGGCGUCAGCAGUCGUUUUCAUACCCCAGAAUGACAAUCAUAUACAACUGGUCGUACCGUGUAAAUGGGCGUUAACUCGCAUGCAAACUCUCGCUUGCUCAUCCUCACUUCACCAGGGCUUUAUUACUGAAGGGCCUUGUAGAUGAGCUAAACAGAGGCCACUUGUCGAGCACUAACCUUGUGGUUACAGCUCGACAACUGGCCUCUGUAGCUCAGUUGGUUCGAGCACUGCACCGGAAUCACAGGGCCGCAGGUUCGAUUCCUGCCAGGGACCUAAAGUUGCAUUUUUUGCAACUGUUCCUGGUUAAGUUUAAUAAAUGUAUAUAAAUUUCCACUCGAUGUUUUCCAUCUACAACACCCUUCAACUAUUAUUCAAUCGAGUGAGAUGCCAACAAAAUCUCUUUUUUGCUAAAACCCACUAACCCAAACCCAACCUUACUCCUGAGAGUGUGUGUUCGCAUGAUUUUUUUCAUUUAUUUUAGGAAGCAAAGAUAAUACUUGUCGACUGUGGCGAUAA